ACUGAUACGAUCGUUUGAUCGGUGCAUCGGGUAAGGUUUUAAUUGCGGUUAGGCUCUCGAACGAUUCGGUUGUGCUUUUCCAGUGUCGUCUCCUAGCGUUACAUCAGUUGCGUGGUCCGGUAAGACGGUGUCAAGUGAAAUUCCAAGUUGAAGUGCUUUCAAGUGAGGUAUUUUUCCAAACUGGAUCGUUUUCGAAGGUGAAGAUGAGUACAGUGCAUCGCGGUUGCACUGAACCUGGGAAGGUGUCCUUGAGUGUGUCGAUUUGAGGAAAAAAUUAUGUUAUCAUUGACUGUACCAGUGUACCAGUUUCGAUCAAUAUCACUUUGUAUGAGUUAUCAAAGAUUCGUGCAGUCCUAACCGAAGAAAUACCUGAAGUGAUUGUCACCGUGCUUGAUUGAUUAUUUCCAACAACUACGACUAAACAGAUAAGGCUUUGAUAGUUGACGUCAGUUAAUAUUGAUUGAAGUGAGGAAUACUAUUGCCAACAAUACAUGAGAGAGAGCAGUGAACUAUCAAGAUCUAUAUGCAAUCGACUAGUGUUGCAGAAAAAGUUUAAGUGUAGAUGUUCAUUUGCUUGAGCUCAAUCUACGCUGAACAGUGAUCAACAAAGGAGUUCAGUGUUCCUCCGCAUCGUUCGACUGGAGAAACUUUAGUCACCACUGGCGAACAGGUUUCGCUGGAAGGGGCAGUUGGAAGUCCCAGUGUUGGAACUAAUAUGUCAGCGCCUUCGUGCUGGAAGAUUCUAACGCGCAGGAAAGCACUCGCCAUCGGCAAUGACAACGGCACCGAGAACGAUAAACUCGGCCGGAUAUUAAACACCUUCGAUCUGACUGCUCUGGGCGUAGGAGCAACGCUCGGAGUGGGGGUCUACGUCCUUGCCGGUCAUGUGUCGAAGGAUCAAGCCGGACCGUCGGUGGUUUUAUCGUUUUUGAUUGCAGCUUCUGCAUCCUUUCUAGCCGGUCUUUGCUAUGCGGAAUUUGGGGCGCGAGUUCCGAAGUCGGGGUCGGCAUACAUAUAUAGUUAUGUGUGUAUUGGUGAGUUUAUGGCAUUCAUCAUUGGCUGGAAUCUGAUGCUGGAAUACAUUAUCGGAUCAGCAAGCGUAUCUAGAGGAUUGAGUUUAUACAUAGACACGUUAGCCAACGACACGAUGAAGAAUCGCUUCCGAGAGAUUGCCCCUAUGGAUUGGGACUUUAUGUCAACCUAUUUCGAUUUCUUUGGAUUCUCGGUUGCGAUUUUAUUGGGAAUUGCCUUAGCAUUUGGCCUUAAGAAGUCAACGAUGGUGAAUAAUUUCUUCACAGUGUUAAACAUUGGAAUUGUACUGUUUGUGAUUGUGGCAGGCGCAAUAAACGCAGAUGUCUCCAAUUGGACCAUAGAUCCGGCGAAUGUGUCAUCAAUAUAUAAUGUGGGAGAAGGAGGGUUCUUUCCGUUUGGUUUCGAAGGUACACUGCAUGGUGCGGCAACCUGUUUCUUCGGUUUCGUAGGAUUUGAUUGCAUUGCUACCACCGGUGAAGAAGUUCGGAAUCCACGUAAAGCGAUUCCACGAGCUAUUCUUUUCUCGUUGUUUACAAUCUUCCUGGCAUAUUUCGGAGUGUCAACAGUUUUAACAUUAAUGUGGCCGUACUACAAACAGGAUGUUAACGCUCCCUUACCGUUCGUGUUCAACGAAAUCGGUUGGAAUUUUGCCAAGUGGAUAGUAGCCAUCGGAGGAAUAAUCGGUCUGCUGGCUAGCUUGUUCGGAGCCAUGUUCCCGCAGCCACGAAUAAUAUAUGCCAUGGCUCAAGACAGAUUAAUAUUUCGUGCUCUCGGAGAAAUCAGUCCACAGUAUAAAACACCGGUUUUCGGAACAUUAUGCGCCGCAUUGCUGACAGGUACUAUGGCAGGGAUAUUCGAUUUGAAAGCGCUAGUCAACAUGCUGUCCAUUGGUACCCUGAUGGCGUACACCGUGGUAGCAAUCUCAAUACUCAUUCUCAGAUUUUCAGAGGAACAAAACGACAACUCGAUCCCUUCGACCAGUAAACAGAUUCACGAAAACUCCAAUCUACUUAAAUCCGGAGACCGAUUGACAGGAUCGGCUUUCGUGAAGCAACUGUUUAACGUAUCUUGCGUUAGGAUACCAUCACAUAUAUCAAGCAGAGUGGUAGCUAUUCUCGUGACACUUUAUUGUAUCGUGUCUUUAGCGCUAUCAUUGACGAUCUACUACGCCAAACAGUCAUUGUACGACCUGGAACCGUGGGCUCUCACUUUGACCGGAACCCUUCUUGGACUUCUAGUGAUACUGCUACUGCUGAUGUCAAUUCAACCUCGAGAAACAGAGGAUGCCCCGUUCAAAGUGCCUUUGGUACCACUGCUACCCGCGAUCAGUAUUUUCGUCAACAUCUAUCUGAUGCUGAUGCUGGAUGUGUAUACAUGGAUACGCUUCGGGAUCUGGAUGGGCAUUGGUCUGCCAAUUUACCUAGCAUGUGUCUGUUGCGGUAGUCAUGACGAUAAUAGAAAUAACAAGCACACUUCCGGCUCCCAGAAUAUCCAGCCUGAGGCCACAUCCGGUGGUAUCGAAAAUGGUGGCUUCGAACCAGCCGAAGAGACGGUCGUUACGCAAAAUGGGUACUAUUCUAGAAAUUUGAACGACGCGAUUAAUGGGUUAGAAGAGAAGCAGUACAACUUGAUACCAGUUACAGGAAGUGAGAAAACACAAAUCGAAAAACAAGAGGAAAUCAUUCAGAUGAAAGAAAAGUCAAGAACUCCUUCGCCCAAGAAUAGCAUAGAUGAAAUCCUGGCCAUUGCUGACCUAUCCGAUUUGAUCGAAAAAAUUGAACCGAAUGGAAAGUCUUAUUUUGUGGAAGAUGUUAACGAAAAAGAUACUGACCGCUCCAUCGAAGAAACCAGUAAAGCAAUCGCUCUUUUAGAUGAUGUACUAAACGACGAAGAGAAAACAAUGGAUAGCCUAUAUCUGUAUCCUUCUCUAGAUGAUGAAUCGUUAGCUAGUCCAGUGUUCCGUGAACAAUCCGUUAUCGCGGACAUUCACCGGGAAGACGAGAUAUCCAUGCAGCAGGUCGAUGAUAUUCCAUCAGAAACAAACCCCGAUAUGAAUCCUGACAAUAACCAAGCUGCCGAAAUGAUCACUAAAGAAAAAUCAGAGUUCUUUACGAUACGUCCUCGAGCAGCUUUCGUUGUAGGCCAAGAUAUCGACAGUGAUUUAGAUUCUGGUGAAGAUGACGAAAUUCACUAUAAUCGCUUGAACAGUCAACAGCAGAAACAAUUCAUGAAUAGAUUAAGCACACUUCUAGAGAAUCCCCAGCCCAACUUAUACAAAAGGAAGACCUCAAGGCACCUGACUUCCAAGGGGAUUGGUAGUCCAGAGAUUCAGAAAAGCAACAGCGAGCCGAAUUUCGUUCUGCUUCUCGACAAUUCAUUCAAUAAUGAAAGCGAAACAGAUAGUCCCAGUCGAACUCCUCCAGGAACCGUGCCACCUCCACCAAAAUUCGAUGAAGCUGUGUUCCAAACGUUGAAGGCCGAUAGUGAACUUUCAAAAACUCGAACGUCGAAAAUCGAUACGAUCAAAAAGAAAACGGACACGUCGUUGAGCAGUUCUGUGCCCGAGGCACCGAAGUUCGAUCCAAUUUUGUACAACACAGUAGGCAAACUCAAAUCACAGCGACCCAGUGUACUCACAUUAACAACGCCCAGUGCUAAUAUCUCAGGAUACAAUGAUUUAACCUUACGUAAACUACAUUCAAAAGCUCCUUGCGCGAUAAAUAAUGAAUCUUCCGAGACGAACGAUGAAGAUCCAUCCGCUAAUCCCAGGGAAGUUUUUAAAUCUAAAUUGGAACAAAUUCUACAGCGAGGACCAGUCAACAAAAUCCGUCCUAAAUCAUUACCUCCUUCAACCCUCGAGCGAUCGUCGUCCACCGCACUCACCAAUGGAAGUUCCAACACACCCUCGGAUGCCAACACAACCAUCGCAAACGGCAAGGUUUCCAGUUCUAAAGAAACUUCCUCGCCCAAUAAUUUUCAAGAUAGAGUUAAGCACUUUGAUACUGCCACCAAACAACAAAAGCUCAUCUUUGAUGAUGUGCUGAAAGCAAUCAAUCCGGAUACUCGACCAAGCGUCAUACGGAACUCCCUUGAACAUCGAAUGUCCUUUUCAGAAUUUAAGAAGGGAUUGAAAAAAACUGUCCCACCGAAACAGUACCUACCGAACGCAUAACAUUCAUAAUAAAUUAGUACCGGCAAAUCGAACCAUACAAGCGCGGAGUUCAGGAGAUGGGAAAGCCACUCGUUGCCACGCGAAUAGCCUACAAGACAUGACCUAUCAGGCUGAAGAACGCUUGGUUUUACCCGGCGAACGACCAAAAGGUCGAAGACGGGAAUAAAUAAACGAUAUAAAAACGCUUGGUCCGGUAGCAAUUUCACAGCCAUGAAACCUCGUUUUUGAAAAUGUCUCGUGAAAGAUAUUUAUGUAUAAUAAAUUAUCUAAAAUAUUAAAACCUGAGCUGAUGUUUUACGAGUUAGAUAUAUCAAAGAAUAAGUUAAUUUUAUGAUGCUCGAGUCAAGGAAUUAGAAAUGUUGACUUAAAGAUGGAUGGGCAGUUUAAAACAACUGAGAUUAAACUUCAUUCAUAUUACAACAAGAUGUUUUAUCUCCUUUCUGAAUCAUAUAUUCCAAACAUGCUGGUCCCCUUACUAAUCCAUAUACAAAUUUAGGUAAGGUAGUGGUUAAGGUAGUGAACCAUUUCGCCAAUAAUUUUAAUCAUUAGUAUUUGUUUUGACUUAUGGUAAAAAUUUGACAAUCCGAUGCUAACCUAAGGCCAUCAUCAUCCAAGUAUCAUGCGCGCGGGUGGUUUUAGGAAAUUUUGGAUGGAAUAUUUGAAAAAUUUGCCAAAGCCAAAAACAUACAAGCUUUUGAAAAACUUGUAUCUAUCUGCAGGGUGAAAAUGGCUGGAAAAUUCGGAGGAUAAAAAAUUAUGUUAUCAAAAAUAGUUCUGAAACAUAAGUGCUUUUGUGAUUUUUCACAAUUAUUUGGAAAAAUAAUGCGAUGAUAUGUUUUUUUUUUUCGAAAAACCUUAUGCUGACACAUUUUUGUAAAAGCUUUUCACGCUUUUCAUGGAAAAUCAACGAAUUUUAUAUAACCGGGAGUACUAAAUUAAAUACAUAUUAUUUUCAAACAAUUUGCUGGAUGUAUUUGGUAAAAUUCCAGCUCGGUAAACUUCAACAAAAUUUCACUGAAACUCGGCAAUAAUAAUUUAGUGUGUACACACAUAAAUUGGUUUACCGAUGUCAGCUGUUCCAUCCUCGUUAGUUGAUUUUUUCAGUAAAAUUAACAUUUCGUCACAGCGGUACCUCAAGGUACAGCUGUCAACAAAUGUUUAUUUUUGCUGAAAUAUCAGUAAAAUGAGAAUGUUCGGUAGUUCGGCUGUUCUAAACUUGUCAAAAGAAGGAAAAAUGUAGAAUGAAGUUUAAUGUGUAUGCUUUUACCGCACCAUUUGGAUCGCAAGGGUCUAUUCAAAAUUUUCCGAUCUAGUUUGGUGUUCCAUUCACUGACGCUAAUAUUCUUCCGAACGAUUCAAUGAACGUAUUUACAAAAACUCUGAAUAUAACGAUGAAAUAAACUUUACAAACUUUACCAAACAUGUACUAUUCUAUGCUUUGAAAGAAUUGAAAUACAAUAACUUUACCAUUUCUUAUGACGGUUUCCUGUUUAAAACUGCACCACAUUGCGUUGCUACACCAAAGCAUUACUAAACGAAAGGAAGUGAUGUAAACAUAAACAGUAACCCUUGACUACGAUAAACGAUUCCAUCUCGCAGUACACUGAACUUUUAAUGAGUACUACACCGGCGGCAUCAGUGCAAAAAAGUGUAGCACUGGUGGAAUGAAAUUAGCAAAAACUAACGGUUUCAGUGCAGUCUCCGCUACACUGGUGUAGUGCAAUGUAAAAACGGAAACCCCAUUCAAACAAAUUCAGCAGGUGGAAGUUUUAUAUGAGUGAUCUAUAAUAGAACUGCCCAUACAAGCAUAUCAGGCAUCAUACUCGCAACCACGCAGGCCGCAUCCCUCGAUACAGUGCGGUAUGCACUGAUCACGCGAAGACACAUCAGUCUUUGCGUACUCUCCAGUAUCUGUGCGUUGCGUUCCACAUUAAGUGCCGACGCCCAUACAGGGCUGCCGUACCUGAGGAUCGAAACUGCCACUCCUGCUAGUAACCUACGUUUACUGGAGCGCACAGGCGAGCUGUUGGCCAUCAAUCAAGAGAGCGCCGCGAUCGCUAUUGAUGCGCGCUUGCAGGCGUAUUCAACGUGCUUGCUGAAGCAGAGUUUGUUAUCAAGCAUCACACCCAAUUGCUUCAGUGAUCUCUUGGAGGGGAUCACGCAAUCUCCGGCAUGUACCAACGCCUCCUGUUCCGAUUUGCGGUUGUUUACCACCAUCACCUCUGUUUUGUGGUGCGCGAGUUGCAGUUUCCUGCUACGCAGCCAGUCCUCCACCAAGCAAAUUGAGUGUGAUGCACUCAGUUCGACAUCUUCGAUGGAUUCGCCGUAGACUGUCAGUGUGACGUCGUCCAUGAAUCCGGCUAUCUUGACACCCGGAGGAAGCCUCAACCUCAGUACUCCAGCUGUGAUUGGAGUGUUACGUGUGCCUUCUUCGGUCUCGUAGAGCAAUACUCGGUUCUGGAAGUAGCUUUCCAGAAUCUUGUACAGCCUUUGUCUCUGUGUGUGUGUGUGUGUGUGUAAUUUUUCUCAAAGAUGGGUGAACCGAUUUUUACAAACUCGAAUUCAAAUGAAAGGUCCCUUAGUCUGCUAUUGAAUUUCAUCCCGAUCUGACUUCCGGUUUCGGAGAUAUUGAAUGAAUGUACUAAAAAAAUGGAAAAAAUAUGCACUCACUUUUUUCAGAGAUGGCUGAACCGAUUUUCACAAACUAAUGCCGUUUUUCAUUGAGAACACUGGUGGCGUGGAUUGCUCUG